UUGUAGUUCUGUACGGAAUUUCGAUGUCUGCAGAGUCAAUAACAGUUCUCCAUUCAAGAAACUCGACACAUGACUGAAACCGCGCCUGCCUCUGGAUUUUUGACCGGAGUUAUCUCGUCAUGGGCCAGCAGAUCUCUGACCAGACCCAGGUGGUGAUGGGCAAACUCCCUGAAAAAGUCGCGAAGCACGUGUCUUUGGUCCGGGAAAGCGGUUCCCUCACUUACGAGGAAUUUCUGGGGAGAGUAGCCGAACUGAACGAUGUAACUGCAAAGUUGGCUUCCGGUCAAGACAAGCAUCUCCUCUUUGAGGUGCAGCCAGGGUCUGACUCCUCGGCAUUGUGGAAGGUGGUGGUUCGCGUAGUGUGCACAAAGAUUAACAAAAGCAGUGGAAUUCUAGAAGCUUCGAGGAUCAUGAAUUUGUAUCAGUUCAUCCAGCUUUAUAAAGAUAUCACUGAUCAAGCAGCGGGAGUGCUGGCCCAGAGUCCCACCUCGGGAGGAACUGCUGAAAGCCUGUCAGCCGGGUCUUCCUGCCAGGCCAGCCUCUGGAUGGGAAGGGUGAAACAGCUGACGGACGAGGAGGAAUGUUGCAUUUGUAUGGACGGACGAGCCGAUCUCAUAUUGCCUUGUGCUCACAGUUUCUGUCAGAAGUGCAUUGACAAAUGGAGUGACCGCCACAGGAACUGCCCCAUCUGCCGCCUGCAGAUGACCGGACCGAACGAUUCUUGGGUGGUGUCUGACGUCCCUACGGGCGACGACAUGGCCAACUACAUCCUGAACAUGGCAGACGAGGCGGGCCAGCCUCACAGGCCGUGACUCCUCCGGGUAACUUGGGGGAACGAACAUUUGGGGCAGAGAGAGAUCAGAGAAUGCAGUGUCACCAUCUCGGAACCAGCCCCGGUAACCGGGGGCUCUGCCACUUUCCUCACCCGGUCUCUACUACUGUUUUAAAACUACUGUUUUCAAACCUGUGUGGAUCGUCCACGUGUGCAGCCAUUUUCGGUGGAGUAGCGGCGGCACGAAACGCCCCGUGAAUUCUUUUACCCCUGAGUUUUAGAGCAGAGGUUUCGGAGGCUUCAGAAACUCUGGUUCGUUCUGGGUAGAAUAUUUGGGAGUGCCCUGUGGUUAUGUUGAGUUUUAGUUCAACUCCUUGGUGAAGGGGUUUCCGGCACUUUUUGAACUGGAUAUUGUCAAACACAAAGAGAAAAAAGCCAACUCCCAAGUACUCAUUACUACUAAGCUCCGGUCUGACGGAAUUUGUGGUCGCACGCUGCCAUCUCGGUCCUUUCUCCUUUGAAAACAUCCUAACUGAGCAAUUUGCCAUUUGAAGAAUAUGAAGUACACCCGCAACCCAGGCAUUUAUGCCAAGGGGAUUUGGGUGCGGGCGGCGGGGUACGGGGAGAAAUUCGACAUGACCGGUCGUUUUGAGGAGUUUUCUCAGGUGGAGCGUUGUUUCCAGAAGUGGUGAAAUCGGGUUGAGUGCUUUCUAAGACGGCUACGUGAAAUCCUUUCCUUCACGGGGGUCGGUGUCCUGGAGGGGACACAUCGAGAAAUUGGCCGAUUAGAAACUCUGCCCAUCAGAGAAUGAUUCUCUCGCUAAAAGAUAAACCAAGCAGUACUGAUCAGGGCGCUUUUCCUUUUCGUAGCUUGGUACAGUCUUCCUCAGUUUUCCAAGCCACUGCCGUUUUUCAGUUGUGGUGGGCGGGGAAAAGCGGUGCUUUGUUUUCAUCCUGAAAGAGUCAGCUACAUUCCUGAAGCCAGGUGAAAGUGCCACCUUGCCCACUGCCAUUUUCACAUCUCCUCCUCUGGAUUAUGCAACUGUAGUAACUCAGGAAAGGGGGAGUAAUUUAACCAGAUGAUAAUGUUCCAGGGAACAUUAAUGCCCCGGGAACCUCCUGCUGUUUGUUUUCAAAUACAAAAUAUUUGCUUUGGUUGAACCGAAAUAUUUCAGAAGAUGUGAAAGGCCGAUUCUCACGAGUGGACACUUCUUGCUGGAUUCCAGGGAAAACAAGGAUUUGGUCCAUUCUAAAUGAGUACUACGUAUUUCAUGCUAUGUCCCAAUAAGCUACAGUUACCGGAGCAGGCGUGGCUCCUUCAGGGAAGGGAAUCUCCACAUCCGUGCAAAAUUUCAUGCGUGAAUAAGAAGUUUCGGUUUUUAGCCAAUGUGCAACUAGGACUAAGAAUGCGUUCCUUGAAGACGUACACCUUCUCCCGGUGGAUUCCUCUUCCCUCCAUAUAUUUAUAGAUGCGUGUCAGUCGCUGUGCGUAUAAACUCAUUUGGCAUCCUGUGAUGACCGGGCGUAAACACGGAGCGGCCGUGACAUCCAAGUCCCAUAGAGCUUGCCAUGGAAACGUUUUA